AUGUCGGAACCGUCGCCAUCAUCCAGUUCACGCGAGGACCCGAAGCCGAAGCCGGUCCUCCUCAUCGUAAUGGGCGUAGCGGGCACGGGCAAAACGACGCUCGCACACGCACUCAGCGAGCUCCUGCGCCUCCCGUACGUCGAGGGCGACGCCCUGCACCCGCCCGCGAACAUCGCCAAGAUGUCCGCCGGGCACCCGCUCGACGACGCGGACCGCGAGCCGUGGCUCGCCCGCCUCCGCACCACCGCCGAGCGCAUCGUCGCGCAGCAGCAGCAGCAGCAGCAGCAGGCCGGGCUCGCCCCUGCCGUGCCCUCCUCCGACCACUGCACCUCCAUCGCCCCGCCACCCGCGCCCUCCUCCUCGCCGCCGCCGCCGCUGCGCCCCGGCGUGCUGGUCACCUGCUCCGCGCUCAAGGCGUCCUACCGCUCCAUCCUGCGCGGGACACCGCGCCCGCCGCACGGGGCCCUGCCGGACGCGCCCGCGCCCGCGCUCGCGACGUACUUUGUGUACAUCCGCGGCGACCGCGCUCUGCUGCUCGAGCGCGUCGCCCGGCGCAGGGGGCACUACAUGAAGGCGAACAUGGUCGACAGCCAGCUUGGCGCGCUGGAGAGCCCCGAGGGGGAGGAGGGCGUCGUCGUCGUGGACAUGACGGACGCGACGGAGGUCCAGGUCGCGAAGGUGCUCGAGGCGUUCGAGGGGGUUAUCUCCCCCGCCGCGUAG